AAAAUUUAUAAUUGCUAAAAAAACUAUUGUAUUGUAUAUACUACUGUAUAAACAAUAUAAAUAUAGUUUUGGUUAAUACCAAUAAAGUUUAAGACAAAAUAUGUUGCAUGAACAUAUGAAAGCAAAUGAAAAAUGCUGUAAGACUCUAAAAACUCCAAUGUCCCAUCUCAUGGCUAUAUUUCAUCAGCUUUAAUAUUCCUGCAGUAAUGCUUGAACAGCUGCUAGACACUGGGUUCCCGUCGUGCAUGUCUUUUGUCUUGUUUUAAAUGCACAGCCUAUAACUCGCUCUAUAAAACCGUAAACGUGACAUUUAUGCUUCCCAUAGGCCUAUAGCGGCGAAAUGACAUCCACAUUGAGCUGCGCUGUCUUCAUUCAAUAACCAAUUAAAAUUAAGGUCAGAGCAAACGAGUGCUGCUCCCCCAGAAACUCAACCCUGUAACCUGGAGACGUGGAGAACCCGAUCACUGUAACUCAACCCCCAGCCGACAUUUCACACACCUCACUAUAUCUCCAAACUAUUAUCAACAGGAAACAUGUAGCCAGUUUUAUUAUAUACAGAGAGAUUUUUCGGUUGUCUUCAUUAAUGCACUGGACUUCAGGAUGCCGUGUGUUUAAGGUGUGUGUUUGUAACCGCAUAUGAUGCCUAGCACGCAGAAGAAGGUGUUGUUCUCUCUGGCUGGUACGCUGAGUUUCGCUUGUGCGCUGAUCGUAGCUGCGGCUAUGGGAGGAAGGAACUGGGUGAAGGCGACUGUGCUGUGCAAAACAGGUGCUCAGCUGGUUAAUGCGACUGGAUCUGAGCUGGACAAAUUCAUCGGACAAUUAAACUACGGCCUCUUUCACGGACAGAGACUGAAACAGUGUGGACUUGGGGGAAGACCGUUCUCCUUCUCUUUUUUUCCUGACCUGGUGAUGAUCCCAGCUAGCCUGCAUGUGAGCGUCAUCAUCUUCUGUGCUGUGCUCAUCCUCUUCUCAUCUGUGUGCGCUGCCUUCUUCAUGUACAAUGCUUUUGGAAAUCCAUAUGAGACACUACAUGGACCUUUAGGCCUUUACCUGUGGAAUCUGAUCAGCUGUGUGUGCAGCUGUCUCAUCCUAAUCCUUUAUGCAUCUGAAGUCAAACUGCAUCACCUAUCUGAGAAGAUCGCCAACUACAAAGAGGGCACGUUUGUGUACAAGACACAAAGUGAAGUGUUUGACCGCACUUUCUGGCUCAUAUUCCUAGUUUUCCUUGUGCAUGGCAUUAACAUUCUUCUGAUCCGCCUAGCGGGCAUCCAGUUUCCAUUCCAGGAGGCCAAAGAGUCAGAUGCCAGCACAGGUGCAGCAGAUCUCAUGUACUGACCUACUCUAUUGUCCAGUAACCACCCCCUGGAUGUGACAACCUACCAUGGCUAUUAGCAGUCCUCAAUUGAAGUCUCGCAUCUUGCACCGUCUGUUGUCCUGAUUUGUUUACAGCUGAAUAGAUGCCACGGCCGAGCCUUUCUAAUUGCAUCUUUUCACUUUUAGAAGAGGAACAGACUUAGAAUUGGUCCUGGCAGUGUGUGUAAGAGAUGAGCCUCAUAUCAUUGUGGGGAGGCUAGUGGAGGGACCAGGUCUUUCAGCUGUACUCCUGAUUAUGCAUUCUGUCAACUGGCAUCUCGAUUAAGACUCAAUGUUUUAAAUACCUGUUGAAAUGCAGAAAUAGGUAAACCCAACUGUUUUUAUCGCACAGCAACUAUUUAAUUUUCCUUAGUACAUGCAUGUUUCAGAUUCUAUGUAACUGUAUACUACACAGUUUUUAUAUUUAUUUAAUAAUAUUUUUUAUUUGUAAAUAAUAAGUGUAUGUAUGUCUUCUCAGAUGUGCCAAUGGUCGUGACUUAUGAGUAAUAUUCAAUUAUAAUGCAGAACUCUGUGCAGAGAGACUUUUUGAUGAUAAAAGAUAAAGGAAGGAAAAUAAAAGAUAUAA